AUGGCAAUAUGUAAAUGGGUUGGAUACCCUGAGCUUUUUAUCACACUUACAUGUAAUCCAAAAUGGCGAGAGGUUGUUCAUUUUGUAGAAAGUAGAGGUUUAAAACCUGAAGACCAGCCAGAUAUACUUUGUAGAAUAUUCAAAGUCAAGCUAGAUCAGUUGAUAAAUGAUCUCAGACAAAACAAGAUAUCUGGAAAAGUCAAAGACAAAUAUCCAAUAGGUGAAGAUAUUGACAAUAUCAUUUCAAUUGAAAUUCAUAAUGAAGCAAAUGAUCCAGAAUACUAUGAUGCAGUUAAAAAUUUGAUGAUCCAUGGACCAUGCGGACAUGAUCGUGUCACUGCAACUUUUUAUGGAAAUGCUAAUGAUGGUAAUGUGCAUGGUCACAUGGAUGAAAUAAAUAUGUACUAUGAUUGCAAGUAUAUUUCACCAUGUGAGGCGGCUUGUAGGAUUUUUGGUUUUGAUAUUCAUUAUAGAGACCCUCCAGUCGAGAGAUUGAAUUUCCAUCUUCCCAAUGAGCAAAACAUAGUAUUUUAA